CCCAGAACACAUAACACAUUAAUUCCUUUGCCUGUAUUUUUGACUUAUUGCUAAACCUUUUUUUUUUCUGUAUGAUUAAAAACCGUGGAACUUACGUUAAAAGGACCAAACCUAAAGACAUAAAGUCUUUGGUUCUGGGAGAUCACAUCAAGCACCUGUUUGCACUGUAAAUCAGGUAUAAAAAUGUAAACUUAUUGAGGGGGUGGGGCCUGACUGCUGGGCUGAGCGGCAGCACUUGAAGCGAGCUCACUAGACAGCCUCGGAAAAAUCGACUAAAAUACAAAUUAAACUGCAAUAACUACAUACCUAUGGACACAGAGUCCAACCUGCACACCUGAGGAUUACAUCCUGGAGUGUUGCGGUGACGGACUGGCGGCCUACACCCAGAGCCUCUUUCCGGCCUAUCGGUGGGUAUCGACGGGAGAAGCAGCCGUUCUCCCCGCGGAUCUCGCUAUUGGAGUGCCUGGAGGCGGUGGGGAACCCCGCCCCCUUUGCCGGUGAGGGACAUCCCAGCACUCGCCCAGCACCUUUUACCUCGCAGCGGAGGGGUAACUCGGCACAAAGAAGCCUCAGGCAAGAUGGCGGACACCAUGCUGGCCUUAGACACACGAGGCACGCUGGAGCCACUCGAGGUCCGAAUGGACAGAUUGCUGGUGAAAUUCUGGGAGAAGCUCGACAGCAGACCGAGCCAGCCUGUACAUAGUCCCAGCACUGCAGACCUGCCGCCUGACUCACCUCCCUCUCCCCGACACUCACCCAGCUUGAACCAGCGAAAGGCCCAUAUGCGACCCCAUGAGCUGCGGAGGAGGGGAGUGCAAAGCGUGCAUACAAACCUGGCGGAGCUACAUGCCGGUCGCCAAACGGAGACUUCAGGGUCUCGAAGAAAGUCCCAGAGAAGCUGAAAGAGACCCCACUUACCUGCAACAUCAAAGCAGGCCCUCACGGCGACAGACGGACAAGCCAGCCACUGGGACCAACGACACUGCCCCUACCUAUGUCCCGGACUGCCAAAUCCCCCUAUCAUCUUUCCCAGUGCUGGGCAUAGGCUGACAAUGGGCACUCAUGCGGGACUCUCAGAGGCACAUACCCAAAACCUAACAGAUGCUGUGAUUGCCACUCUGCAGCCUCCUAAACAGAGACCCACCAAACCGG